GAGCACUAUGUGGUUGCCUUGUGGGAUUAUGAAGCCAUGAAUGACCGGGACCUGAAGGUGGUAAAGGGAGAAAAGCUGCAAAUCUUGAUGAAAACUGGAGACUGGUGGUUGGCCAGAUCGCUUGUCACUAGAAGGGAAGGCUAUGUCCCUAGCAACUUUGUUGCUCGAGUAGAGACUCUGGAAGUUGAAAAGUGGUUCUUCAAAACAAUCAGCCGGAGAGAAGCUGAGAGGAAACUCCUGGCUCCUGUCAACAAAAUUGGCGCGUUCCUAAUUAGAGAGAGUGAAACAAAUAAAGGCGCCCUUUCCCUGAGUGUGAAGGACACCACCCCUGCGGGAGAUGUUAUCAAACACUAUAAGAUCCGGGCCCUAGAUGAUGGAGGAUAUUAUAUCUCUCCCAGGAUCACCUUCCCUUCACUACGAGAACUGGUCCAACAUUAUUCUAAGAAAGGGGACGGUUUAUGCCAGAAGCUGACUAUGCCCUGUGUGAUUCUGGCUCCUCAGACACACUGGGCCCAGGAUGAAUGGGAAGUGCCCCGACAUUCUCUGAAACUGGUGAGGAAACUUGGUGCUGGACAGUUUGGAGAAGUCUGGAUGGGUUAUUAUAAAAACAACAUAAAGGUGGCCAUCAAGACCCUGAAGGAAGGCAGCAUGUCUCCUGAGGCCUUCCUUGCUGAGGCCAAUUUAAUGAAAACCCUCCAGCAUGACAAAUUGGUCCGUCUCUAUGCGGUGGUUACCCAAGAACCCAUCUAUAUUGUCACAGAGUACAUGGCCAAAGGGUGCUUAUUGGAUUUCCUAAAGUCAGAAGAAGGUUGCAAGCUGCCAUUCUCAAGACUGAUUGACAUAAUGGCCCAGAUUGCAGAAGGGAUGGCCUACAUCGAGCAAAGAAAUUCAAUCCAUCGAGACUUGAGGGCAGCCAAUGUCCUGGUGUCUGAGAGUCUGUGCUGCAAGAUUGCUGACUUUGGCUUGGCCAGGAUUGUAGAUAGUGAAUAUACAGCCCAUGAAGGUGCCAAGUUCCCCAUCAAGUGGACAGCCCCAGAAGCCAUUAAUUUUGGUGUGUUCUCCAUCAAAUCUGAUGUUUGGUCCUUUGGAAUUCUCCUGAUGGAAAUUGUCACCUAUGGGCGGAUUCCUUACCCAGGCAUGACCAACCCAGAGGUCAUUCGGAGUCUAGAACGAGGCUAUCGAAUGCCUUGCCCUGAAAUGUGCCCAGCUGAGCUCUACAGCAUCAUCAGCAAGUGUUGGCGCAACCGGCCAGAGGAACGGCCCACCUUUGAAUACUUACAGUCUGUACUAGAGGACUUCUACACAGCCACAGAGCAACAGUAUGAACUGCAGCCCUAG